UAUAUAUUUAGGUUGAGUCUUUCCGGCCUAUUCAACAUUGUAUUUACAUCAUCAUUUAAAUCAAGCAACUACCACAUUUGCCAAAUUAAAAUUAUAACAUUUAUUGAAUUCUGCUCGUAGCUUUAGAGUCGACGGCAAAAUUAAACGCCGCCCUCUGCAGACCCGAUUCCGAUCUACCCCAAUCCCUGACUCCGUUCUAAUCCGAUUUUGAUUGUAUUCGGAGUUCUUCUACUUCUCGGAAUUGAUCAAAAGCAGGGUGACAGAAAUUGGUUGCAGGCUCGUUCAGAGAUCGAUAAACAUGGUGACCGACAUACUUCUUCAAAUUGUUCUCAUCCUCGUAAUGGUCGUCAUGUUCCUUGCUAUGCACAACAUUCCACAGAGAUAUUUUGCCAAGCUCCGAUUGCGCUUUCGAUCCAACGUCGAAUCAAAACGUCACUUCGUUAGAGGCGCUCAGCUUCUCGCUCGAGCGAGAUCUGCUCCGUCGCGCUCCUCAGCCACGUCGUUAGCGGAAGAAGUCGUAGCGGAAGCCGAUAAGGCUAUCGCUCUUGAUCCUAAGGAUGCCGCUGCUCACAUCCUCAAAGCUCUGGCUCUCGACAUUCAAGGAUUCAAGACCUCUGCUCUGGAAUCGCUCGAUACGGCUCUGUCGCCGCUCGUCGCAAAGUCACUCAGCGAUGAGGAGCGAGGCGACGCGUUGUUCAAGCGAGCUGAGUUGAAGAUGUCCACGAACCGGCGAGCCCUAGUUGACUCGGCUUUGGCUGACUUGACCGAGUCCGUGACACUGAGUCAGAAUGCAAAUUCCUACUACUGGUUAGGGAAAUGCUACGAGAUCAAGAAACUGAGAGGAGAGGCCAAAAAAGCAUAUGAAGAAGCUUUGAAUAUAGAACCACGAUUAUCCAACGCUCGGGAGGCAUUGGAACGUCUAUCAUCAUCGUAAUCAAGCCGACGACCACUGUGAACUGAUGGGAGGUCAACGCUAGAAGAAAAGAACAUCCCUCGAUUUUGUCAGGUCCAAAUAUCUCCUCCAUUCUCGUGGUUCUUGCUACCGGACUCCUUUAUUUAUCUUAUGAUUGAGACGCUGAAUUGGCAUCUGAGAUGAAAUCCUAAUUGCAAUGCCAUCUCCAGAAUAGUUCUCUCUUGUCUGAGACUAAUGUUUGUUCGUUGUUUGGGUUGUGAACAAGCGUUUGAAUAGGGUCUAAUAUUUGUUUCGUUUCUCUGAAAUCUUCGUUUUCUUGUCUUCGAUGCAAUCUGUUAAUUUUGCCAUAGAUUUAGUUGUAGCUUUUGUAAAAUUAGGGAUUGGAACAAACCCAGAGAGGAAAUUUACAUGGCAAAUAUUCGAAGUA